GGGGAGGGCACCGGGCAUUCUCCACCACCUCUCCCUCUUUUCUGGCAGCACCCAACACAGCCGCAGAGCCAAAGCACGCAGGAAGGAUAUGGGCAAAAAAACAACUUAUUCCCCUGCGAGGCUGCACUGAGAGUAGCUGAACCGGCGCUCAUGCUGAGGCUCUCGGCUGCAGGGAGCCCAGCUGGACUAGAUUUACUGCUAAUCCAGCAUAAGGAGAGUGUAGGGACAACCUGCCGGAUUGAGCGUUGUGGGUUUACUUUUCAUUUCCAUCUCCUAACAGGACUGUUAGAUGUCGUGUUCUCGCCUCUGUGAGGAUGUGAGGAUGCCAUCUUUGCAGGCCAUCUGAGAGAAAAACUGUUUGUGCUGGAAAUUCAUGGCCAAAUGUAGAACUGCUGUGGCCGAGGAAAAGCAGUUUAGAGGCACGAUGUCGGCCACUCAGGGGAUGAACCGCAGCGGCAUCUACAACUACUUCCUCAACAUGGUGGCCUAUCAGAUAUGCUGCUGCUGUGGACCGGCUCCUUGCUCGCUCUGCUGUGCCUUUUGUCCUCCGGUCAAAUCCUCCACCAGCACGCGGGUCAUGUACACCCUCUUCCACAUCAUGAGCUGUGCCGUCUCCUGCCUCAUGCUGUCCCGAACCGUCUCUGAGCUCGUCAGGGAAAAUGUGCCUUUCUUCAACAUGGUGUGUGACCAGGCGCAUGGCGGAGGCCACUGUGAGAUGCUGGUGGGCUACUCAGCGGUCUACAGGGUCUGCUUCGGCACUUCUUGUUUCUACCUGAUGAUGGCGAUCUUCCUCAUAGACGUGAAGUCCAGUCAGGACUUCAGAGCGCUCAUACACAACGGCUUCUGGUUCCUAAAGUUCAUCACCCUGCUCGGGAUGUGCACCGCUGCCUUCUUCAUCCCAACAGAGUCCUUCCUGCAUGCUUGGCAUUAUGUUGGUGUGGUGGGAGGAUUUGCCUUCAUCCUCAUCCAACUCAUCCUCAUCACAGCUUUUGCACACACCUGGAACAAGAACUGGUUGACCGGAGCGGCAGAAAACAAGCGUUGGUACCUGGCGGUGAUGUGUGCCACUCUCUUCUUCUACACCAUCGCCACCAUGGCCUUCACCUUCAUGUACAAGUACUACACACACCCCAUCGCCUGCCACUUCAACAAGGCCCUGCUGUGGAUCAACCUGGGGCUCUGCGGCCUCAUGUCCUUCAUUGCUGUCACUCCGUGUGUGAAGCAGAAGCAGCCUCGGUCGGGGCUCCUCCAGGCCUCCAUCAUCAGCUGUUACGUCAUGUACCUCACCUUCUCCGCUCUGUCCAGCCGCCCACCAGAGAAAGUGGUGUACCAGGGCAUGAACAUGACCGUCUGUUACCCCAGUGUGGGACAUGAUGGCAUCCAGAAUGAAGGCAAUGCUGUCGCCAUCAUUGGAGCGGCCAUCAUGUACUGCUGUGUGCUCUUUGCAUGUAAUGAAGCCUCCUACCUGGCAGAGGUGUUCGGUCCAUUUUGGAUGAUCAAAGUUUACCGCUAUGAGUUCCAGAAAGCAACUUGCUGCUUCUGCUGCCCCGAGGAAGAGGAAGCUGAAGAGGAGUUUGUGAUCGACGAUGAGAGCAAAGGCUGUCAGAAGGUCAUUCACAACGAGACCCAGAGAGUCGCUUACAGCUACUUCUUCUUCCACUUCGUCUUCUUCUUGGCCUCGCUGUACGUGAUGAUGACCCUCACUAACUGGUUCAGCUAUGAGUCGGCAGUGUUGGAGACCACCUUCACCCACGGCAGCUGGUCUACCUUCUGGGUGAAGAUGUCGUCCUGCUGGGCCUGUGUGAUCCUCUACCUCUGGCUGCUGCUGGGCCCUCUGUGCAGCUGUCAGUCUGAAUCCAGACCUCGCCGCUCACGUAUCAAACGCCGCUCAGCAUCCUCCCGUCACGUCACUGUCAGCGUCUGACAGCCUCUGUGAGGGGCCGGGCAGGAGGGAGGCGGACGUGGCGAGACGUGGGCGAGAGGUCAGAUGACUCCGAGCCUCCUCGUGGUGCCCCGCAGGAGGGGAUUUUCAGGAAUAGAGGUCACAGCGGUCAGAGGUCAAAGACUCACAGUCCUGUGAGAAGGACCAAUCAGGAGGCUUAGCGCCCUGUUGAUACGUGAAGAACUUGGUGAAGCCCUGAUGUCACAGGCACAACAUAAAAUUAAACCACUAACAAGGACUUGACUGUGGUUUGGAAACACAUUUACAGUAUGAAUUGCCAAAGGGAUUUGAAGGAGUGAACGCUCACUCUCUUUAAUGUGGGAAUUACAGUAAGUCGGUGUAAAGUUGGAUAAAUUUAUGAAUUUCUACUGUUUCAUUUUAGUGUUAUUUUCAAUUUUUGGCUGUAUUUAGACUUUUAAUAUUGUAACAGAGGAGGAAUUCUAGAUAUUUGCUGUAAUGUUGCUACAGAAGCACACGUCCUAAUUACUUUUUUUUCUGCCCUGAAAAACAAAGUCCUCUUAUCUUUGGCAGUGGACGGUUGUGAUCAUGAACAAAUCUUUCUCAAUGCUGGAACAGAGAACCAAGUGCAAGGUCAAACAAAUACCAUAGCUGGUUCUAGUCAAUAACAUCUAUAAUUGAAGAAGUGAACUGAAAAUAUUUAGGCAGGUCAUUUCAACCAAACAUCAUAACAGACGUUUUCUCUGUAGUUCCAUCUGUGAAAUCAGUGUGUGAAGUGUUCGGUUGGAAGCAGAACUUUAGAUUUCUCUCCAUUUUAAGUUUUUAUAUCAUCUUUUAUUUAUUUUUUAUUUUCACAACUUAAAAGUCAAUAUAAUUGGUGACCCAUCUUGCAAUCAAAUUCAGUUACCAAGUUACAGUACAAUCUUCAAAAAAGUUAAAUGUUUUGGGAAAUACAUUGCACCUGGAGAGGAAUGGCACCUGUUGAUUUUACAUUUCUGUUUGUGGACAGAUUAAACAAAGGAGAUAUAACAUGUUAAUGAUGAAGCUUCAGAGGGACAGAGCCAGGUGAGCUGUACCCUCAGUUUUUUCAGUCUUUAUACUAAGUUAAAGCUAACCAGCUAGGCUGAUAUAUGCAAGUUUUGGCUAUUGCUAUGUAGCCAAUGUUACAUUUACUUACCAGUCUAGAACAGCUGUCUCUAGUGGCGGAAAGCAACUUUCUUGUUUAGCGUUUAUUUCUAUCACCUCUUUUCUUCUACUGAAGAUAGCAUGCUAACCAGCUAACCUGAGCCCGGUUGGCCCGCCUCAUCACUUUCCAAUACCGAGUCACUGUAGCGUCCAGGCUGCCCUGAAGAAGUAGUGCUGAGAGAGAGGCUGUAUUUUCUUGUAAUCUGGCUGAAGCUUUUGUUAAGCCACCAUCACCACUACCCGCUCCUGACAAGAAACCACAUUCAGCAGCAAAGAAAACUUACGUAUAACCCCUUUAAUGCACAGACAUGAGAGUGUCAGUCUUACUCUCAUCAGAAAAAUGAAUAGGCAGAAUGUGUAACUAUUGCUUGAACAUCUAUUAAGCACUUUUCUCUCCAGUGUUAUAAUGAUAUUUUUUUAUCACUUCUGUAAAUUAGUACAAAACCUGAAGCUGAAAUCAGCUGCUGUCAUGACAAUGAAUGGAAAAGUCACAGUGGAAUUACAGAGAUUAACAGCAUGAACUAUUUCAUUUAGUGUGAACAGUUACACACCAGAAAUAGUCCAAACAGAGCCAAGCACUCCUUCAAUUAUGAACUGUGUCAACCUGUCAAAGAGGCCACUCCUGGACUGGUUCUUCAUUCCACAUUCAAGCUAAAGAGAAAUUUGUUCAUGCAUUUACAUAAAACCUGAAAUGUCCAAAGAUCAGAUGAUGAACAGAUUCUCUGUCAGUGUUUUCUCUGCAUCGUUUCACAAGAUUGAUUUUUAAACGCUCAGUGACAGAAGAGCGACUGAGAGGCAGCUACACUGAAAUGUAUGGUGCUCUUCAAAGUUCAACAUAAUAGAUUUGUUUAAUUGUUGCUUGUUUAAUUGGGGCAAAAAAUUUGUUUGCAUUUGACUUAUAAUGAGGAGCAAGUAUGUUGCUUUACAGUACAUCAUUCACUUCUAAAUCCAUUAAUAAUAGAGUGAACUGUGAUUGUUUACAUUAUAUUUUAUGCAUUUGAUACUCAAUUUGAAACCAGGAGUGCUAAAAAAAUAAAAAAUAAAAAAUAAAA